AUGGAUUCGGAGAACCGUGUGGUUCUUAACGUCGGUGGAAUCCGACACGAAACAUACAAAGCAACGUUAAAAAAAAUUCCAGCCACGAGAUUAUCCAGAUUGACGGAAGCUCUCGCUAAUUACGAUCCCGUUUUAAAUGAAUAUUUUUUCGACAGGCAUCCCGGAGUUUUUGCUCAAGUCCUUAAUUACUACAGAACUGGAAAACUUCACUAUCCUAUGGACGUAUGCGGGCCUUUAUUUGAAGAAGAAUUAGAAUUUUGGGGACUCGAUGCGAAUCAAGUCGAACCUUGCUGUUGGAUGACGUAUACACAGGGAAAAGGAAAAAAAGAAAAAUUCGUUAUUUAA